CAGCUGUUAUCUGUGCAUCCAGGAGGCUGGGCUGGAUGUCAAAUGGAAUUGAUAGCUUUUGCUAAUUUUUCUCAAUUUAUUUCAAUUCUUAUUUUUCUAGACAAGAUAAAUAUUAUAAGUUACUUUUAAACAUGUACAACGUUACUUCACGUCUGUUCAAGAUACCGAAAGAAAUAGCAAUACUGCGUAAUGUGCCACAGUUUGGUGAACUUUCCAGGAUUGUAACUACUGUUGGUGUUAAUCACCCUUAUAUUUGCCAGAGAUAUUAUAAUAAUAGCAACAAAAGACAUGAUGAAAGUUCGCGACGUUUUACAUAUAAGUAUUUGGCAUACUCAGUUCUUUUUGGAGCGACAGCAUACACAUCAUACCAGAUUUGGUUACGAUACCAAAUAAUGCCGUUGAUAAAAGCAGCUGAAGAGAUUGCUGAAACAGAGUCAGAAAGUGAAGUGGACACCAGGAAGAAAAGAUACAGGAAGGAAAAAGUUGGAUUCCGAGACAGAAAGAUAAUUGAAUACGAGAACCGCAUGCGUCAAUAUUCCACACCGGAUAAGGUGUUUCGGUACUUCGCAACCCUGCAGGCGCAGCAUCACGACCAGCAUGAGGUGUUCAUGACACCUGAUGACUUCCUACGCUCCAUGACGCCUGGCGUCAAACAGCCUGAUGGAUUGGGCCUUGAUCAGUACAGGAGAUAUGAUCCAAAGAACAUCGAUGAGACCAUCAGCCAACGCCUCAACUUGGACUUAGACGAGGAUUCCAUAUUCUACAAGCUCGGGUCGUCUGGUCUCAUCACAUUCAGUGACUACAUUUUCCUGCUUACAGUAUUGUCAACGUCUCGUCGUCACUUCGAGAUCGCGUUCCGCAUGUUCGAUUUGAACGGCGACGGGGACGUGGACUGCGAGGAGUUUGAGAAAGUGGCUGCUCUCAUCCGCCAGCAGAGCAGCAUCGGCUCGCGCCACCGCGACCACGCCAACACUGGGAACACCUUCAAGGGCAUUAAUUCAGCACUUACCACAUAUUUCUUCGGACCCAAGCUCAAUGAGAAAUUGACCAUAGAGAAGUUCUUGGACUUUCAACAACAACUACAGAAGGAAAUUCUGUCCCUUGAGUUCCAGAGAAAACAACCAGAUGAAAACGGUCGCAUUACUGAAGCUGACUUUGCGGAACUGCUGUUGGCAUAUGCUGGCUAUCCAGCUAAGAAGAAGGCCAGAAUGCUUAAACGGGUUAAAAAAGCGUUCCGAGACCACGGCGUUGGUAUAACAAAGGACGACUACCUAAAGUUCUUCCACCUGCUCAACAACGUCAACGACGUGGACACUGCGCUUACAUUCUACCACAUCGCGGGCGCGUCCAUCGACCAGCCCACUCUGCGCCACGUGGCCAAGACUGUGGCGCACGUGGACUUGGACCCUCACGUCAUCAACGUCGUCUUUACGAUAUUCGAUGAAAACAUGGACGGACAACUAAGCAACCGUGAGUUUGUGGCUGUUAUGAAAAAUAGGCUCCUGCGUGGAUUGGAAAAGCCAAAAGACACUGGGUUCGUUAAACUAAUGUAUUCGCUGAUAAAAUGCGCCAGGGACACUAAACCUGCUAUUCUCGACUUUUAAGGUACGAUAAUGUAAUAAUUGAUCUUAAUUAUGUUUAUUAUAUUUUUACCCCAAAUGCAAUUAUACAUAUUAUAUAAAUUAUAUCUUGACAUAACUUCAAAUUAGAUCAUCCAUUACACUAGACACAAGACAAGACCACACAAGACAAGAUAAGGUUCAAAUGUUAAUAUAUAAACAAUAUCAAUAAUAUUAAUAAUAACAAUAAUAUUAAAAUCAUAAUAUAUAUUAUAUUAUGCUCUCUAUUUCUAUGGAAAGUAACUGUAGUACUUUAUUUUUUACCAUAGUAUUAUAUUAAUUUCAUGUAAGUAAUUAUUAUUUAGUAAUUUGUAAUUUAGCAACCCGGGCAUUGGACAAAUAUUAUUGUAAUGUCUUUCCAGGUUUUUCUAAAAAAAAAGCCAAUUCAUCAAUCAAAUUGUGUAAUUACUAGUCAUAGAGAUUAACAGAUGGUUUUUAGUUCUGCAUCAAUAUUGUGAGCAACUUAUUCUAU